AUGCGCAGUAUACAUAUAUUUCUUUUUGUCAUCAAAGACAAUCACUUUCUAUCUAGCUUCUCUGCUCAUUUUAAGCAAUCCACGUCAUAUAGCAUCCAAUCCAACAACACUAUCCCUACCGCUACCCGACGAAAACACUACAUUCCUACUUCCUCUCCGCUUCUGUCACAGGUUCCACUCUUUCUUUACAAAUGGCCCUUACAUCAUCGUAAAGGUCUCUGCUCUCGUAACCAUUUUUUUUCUUUUUCGCUUUCAUUUAUAUCCCAUAUUAUUUCCUUCUUUCUUUAUUCUUUUUCUCUUUUCCGUUCACGUUAUUACUUUCCUCUCACUUUCUUCUUUUUCAUUUUCAUUUAUAGUCCAUAUUUUUUCUUUCUUUCUUUCUUUCUUUCUUUCUUUCUUUCUUAUUCUCUUUUCCGUUCCUCCUAUUGCUUUCUCCUUUCUUCCUUUUCUUUCUUUCCUUCACUUAUUUAA